AUGGGAAGUGGAAAGAUCGCCGUGUCGCGUAGUUUCGAGGUCCGCAUCAGCACGGAGAACCUUAGGUUGUUGAGGCGUACGCGAGCGUUUACCCUGAGAAAAACGCAAAUAUCCUACUUAAGUCGCAUGCUGCACGCGUGCGAGCGCGAAAGUGCGGCGGGAUUCCGUGGCUGCGCCAGAAAAUUCUUCUGCUAUGCGGCCCCGCCGUCGCGUGCGGCACGUGAUUUGUAG